AGGAAUUUUCAUAUUGCCGUAGCUUUUUCAUCUGAUCUUAUUGUAAGACUCAUUCGGGUCAAACUAGUGAUCUCAAUUGAGUAAUAGGACUAUUUCGACAUGUAUAUGUGCGCAAAGUUCCGGAUCUGAAUGCUGAAUAUAAGUGACCGGAGUCCAGCUCCAAUUGAAACGAUAACCAAACCAACACAACAACAAUCGUCAAUUGCCCAAUCGUCCAUCAUAUUCCCGUCCGAAACUUGCCACCAAGCCUCAAUCAACCAACUCCGUUCAACAAGAAGGGGGAACAAAUACAAGCACGUCACUACAAUGUCUCAAUUCAACCACGAACCAAACUCACAAUCCUCAUCCCCCUCCCCUCUCCUCCUCUCCCUCGCAAAAUCCUAUCCUCACGACCCAGCCCACUUACACAAAGUCCUCCUCCCGCAACUUACCCACCGCCUCCGCCUCGCCUCCCUCUGGUCCAUCACGCCCGGCACCCGCGUCCUCGACAUAGGCUGCGGCCAAGGCGACUCCGCCCUCGUCCUUUCCCACGCCAUAGCCCCACUCUCCAUCACCGCCGAUGGUGACACCAACAACGUCAGUCCGUGCCCGGCCCCGGGCUCCGCCCCGGUAGGCCACAUCACAGCCCUAGACCCGGCCCCCGGCGACUACGGCAGCCCCUACACCCUCGCCCAAUCCCAAUCUCAUAUCUCUUCGUCCCCCUAUGGCGCAGCAAUCACCUUCCACCAGUCCGACGCGCCGUCCUACCUCGCAUCGCACCCUUCCGAGUCCUUUGACGCCGCCACGCUGUGUCAUUCGCUAUGGUACUUCCCCUCCGCCGAUGCGAUAUCCUCCCUCUUUGAAGCCCUCUACGGCUCCAACAUCACCAUGCUCUGUUUCGCGGAAUACGCCCUCCAAGCUCGGAACCCGGCGCAAAAACCGCACGAACUGGCCGUCGCGGCGCAAAAGCGGUUCUACGAGCUACGGGCCGGGGCGGAGAAGGGGUUUAGUCUGGAUCAGGGCAACGUCCGCGGCGCGCUUGCGCCCGAGGAGAUUGUGAAGUUGGCGGAGAGGGCUGGUUGGAAGGUUAGGGAGAGGGGUGUUGUUGAUACGCCUGGGUUGCUGGAUGGGCAGUGGGAGGUUGGGGCUGCGGUUGAUUCGUCUUGGGCUGAGGAGGUCGUCGCUGAGGGGUUAGGGAAGGGUGCGGAGGAAGAAUUGUUGGGAUAUGUGAGGGAGAUUCGGAAUGCGGUUGAGGAGGUUAAGGAGAGUGGUGGGAGGAUUGAGACGAUGGACGCUGUUUGGGUUGUUAUGGAGCGUUGAAGUAUGUGGUUUUAUCAGAUGUCUUGCAAAACUCGACGGAGAAGAUUGAACACGAGGAACAUAUAUUCUCCAAGACUAUUCAGUAGCGAUGUCAUCUCUGCCUGAUUAUGAUUCCUAUUCCCAAGCAUCGAUAUCGACCCUUCGAUAACUGCCUUUAAGCUACAUUUCCUUUGGUCUGCGGGACACCUCAAGAGAUAAGGAGCUCAAAGUGUGGUCUGGAGAAAAGGAACACAUGAGGUAUCAAAUGGCGGUAGUCACCCAGAGAGAGGAGGGAGGCAUGCAGCAUGGUCGCCGGAUUGUAUACAACUAUUGUGGAAGUGGCCCAUGCUCGACGGA